AGCUCAGACUCCCCUUAAACCUGGCUGCUUAGCCUGUCUCCUGGGCAGAUGUUACAACUUUCUGCCUUCCUCGCUAGUCUUUUCAGGAGGGAACUUUCUCUCUUUCCCCCUCUGGCUCUGCUCUCAUCACUCGGGUUGCAGUUUGAGCAAAGCUAAGCAGGGAGCUUCCAGGGCUCUUUGUCCAGUUUUGAAAAACUUCAGGGAUUCUUGAGGGAGCUCAUUUGGAAGAAGGGGAAAGGGGAAAGGAAAAACAAAACAAAACAAGGGAAGGAAGAAAGGAGAAUAAUGGUGAUCUGGUCUUGCCAAGAAAUCUUUUCGGUGCAAACUGUGAAGAAGGGAGAGCCUGGUUCAUCACCGUGGGGUGAGGAAGAGGACUCAGCAGCUGUAGGCUUGAACUUUGGCUCCAUCUUGCACUGGGGUUUACAUAAAAAGAAUAUAUUCUGCUGAGACAGGGCUUAACGAGCCAUUUGGCUAGCCCGGCAUUCCAACAGCUGAACGGGACAAGAAUCCAGCGUGGUCUCUAGCUGGGUUUUGGGUAGUUGUAUUAAAAACGAGACAUUGCAGCACUUUUGGAAACUAAAUAACAUCCCAGAGGAAAUUAACUUUAUGGUGCAUGUGUCUUUGACUGUAUCAGCUUGAAGAUUAUUUUCUUUUUACUGGAAACAGCUCUACAGCACUGGUGGAUUUAAUUACUUCUUCUUCUUUUUUUUAAAGAGAGAGAGAGAGAGUUGUUUCUAUAAAACUUGCCAAAGGAAUUUGAAAGAACAGACCCUAGGGUGGGAGGGUAGAUUGUGAUUUUUUUUGGAGGAGGAAGAGGUCUCCUAUUCCUCUUUCUCAGUGGAAGAUGCUUGGACAAUAACCGCUGAAGUCUGAAUGCUUGGUCCAGCAUGGCUGUUUAUGCUCUCACAGGUUUCUCACUAGUCAGCCUGCUUAGUUUUGGCUACUUGUCCUGGGACUGGAUGAAACCCAGUUUGGUAAGGGACUUUUCUAUGGACCCAAUGGAGAAAUCGCUCCCUCCUGCCUUCUCCAGACCACCUCACAUCAUCUUCAUUCUGACUGAUGACCAGGGGUACCAUGAUAUCGGGUACCAUGACUCAGACAUACAGACACCAAUGCUAGACCGGCUAGCAGCCGAAGGAGUUAAACUGGAGAAUUAUUACAUCCAGCCCAUCUGUACCCCAUCCAGGAGCCAACUUAUAACGGGCAGGUACCAGAUCCACACGGGCCUUCAGCACUCCAUCAUCCGGCCCCGGCAGCCCAACUGUCUGCCCCUGGAUCAGGUCACGCUGCCCCAAAAGCUGCAGGAAGCCGGCUACUCGACGCACAUGGUGGGCAAGUGGCACCUUGGCUUCUACAAAAAGGAAUGCCUGCCCACCCGGCGAGGCUUCGACACCUUUCUGGGCUCCCUGACAGGCAACGUGGAUUACUACACCUACGACAACUGCGACGGACCCGGCGUCUGUGGCUACGACCUGCACGAAGGGGAGAACGUAGCGUGGGACCAGAGUGGGAAGUACUCAACCUUCCUCUAUGCCCAGCGAGUGAACAAGAUCCUGGCCACCCAUAACCCCAAGGAGCCCAUCUUUAUCUAUGUGGCGUUCCAAGCCGUGCACACGCCCCUGCAGUCCCCCAAAGAGUACAUCUACCGCUACCGCUCCAUGGGCAACGUGGCUCGGCGCAAAUACGCCGCGAUGGUGACGUGCAUGGAUGAGGCCGUGAGGAACAUCACCUGGGCACUCAAGAAGUACGGUUACUAUGACAACAGUGUGAUUGUGUUCUCCACGGACAACGGCGGGCAGACGUUUUCCGGGGGAAGCAACUGGCCUCUGCGAGGCCGCAAAGGGACCUACUGGGAAGGCGGGGUCCGCGGCAUCGGCUUUGUCCACAGCCCCCUGAUCAAACGCAAGCGUAGGACCAGCUGGGCGCUGGUCCACAUCACAGACUGGUACCCUACGCUGGUGACCCUGGCUGGGGGCAACGUGUCUGAAGCCAAGGGCCUGGAUGGGUACAAUGUGUGGCCGGCCAUCAGCGAGGGCAAGGAGUCCCCGCGCACUGAAAUCCUACACAACAUCGACCCCCUCUACAACCACGCCAAGCACGGCUCCCUGGAGGGCGGCUUUGGCAUAUGGAACACAGCUGUGCAGGCCUCCAUACGGGUGAGAGAAUGGAAGCUUCUGACUGGUGACCCUGGCUACAGCGACUGGAUCCCUCCGCAGAUGCUGACCAACUUCCCAGGGAGUUGGUGGAACCUGGAGCGGCUGACGGAUAGCGUGCGCAAAUCCGUCUGGCUCUUCAACAUCUCGGCUGACCCCUACGAGCGCGACGACCUGUCGGACCAGCGCCCAGACGUGGUCAGGGCUCUCUUGAAGAGGCUCGUCCACUACAACCGGACUGCGAUCCCGGUUAGGUACCCGGCCGAGAACCCCCGGGCCCACCCGGACUUCAACGGUGGUGCCUGGGGGCCGUGGGCCAGCGAGGAGGAAGCGGAGGAUUGGGAGGGAGGUGGUGGGCCGCUGAGAAAUAAAAACAAGAAGAAGAAGUGCAAGAUCUGCAAACUGCGCUCCUUUUUCCGGAAGCUGAACACCAGGCUGAUGUCAAACCGCAUCUGAUGGGGCUUCCGCAGAGCUCCCGACGCAGCCGCUCAAGGUGGGUGUUCCAAAUGGCCAGGACAAUGGGAGGGAGAGAGGCAGAUGGCCACAGAGACAGCAGCGCACUCUCACUUUCCCUUGCACCAGUGGACCCGCGCACAAGGCCAGCCAGUCACAAAAGCCCCCCGAUGUCUUUCCCUCCGGACUCCCCCAAAUUGAGCAACCUGUAGGGAUAGCCAUCCGGUCUGCAAGGAGCUGGUGUCCAGGUUAGGUGGGCGAGGGAGAGCGACGGGGGUCCUGUUCAGUGCACGUUACAUCGGUCGCUGGUUGUCGAGCUGUCUAGCCCGUUCCAGUGCAAAAGAAUGAAACUUGCCGUAAGCGAUCAACCCAGGGACCAGUUCAAACGCACCAUCCUGGGAGCAAAGCUUUAGACGCAGAUCAAACCCACGGUACUUGAAGCUUCAUGAGGAUGUUCUCAAGUGGUUCAUAUGAGGGAGGCUGGCCUGCUGAAGGCUGCUCUCAGGGCAGGUUUCCCUGAUUGUCUGGCUCUAUAAAAUGUGCUGUCACCUUAUGGAACCCUAGUGAGUGUGUUGCCCCAUGUGCCCCUGCUCUGGGAACCCUGCCUGUCCUUUCUCACUCAGCCCCGACGACAGCUUUUCCCUCCUGAAGGCUUUACGGCAGGUGGCAGCACAGUGAAGGCGAGGCACACUUAGUUUUAUGUUGAUGGUCCCUGGCUCAGAGACCAGGCAGAGCCUGGGGGCGGCAAGAGAAUACUAUCCCUAAUGGACACAAAGGCAAACAGACUGUAUAUGGGCCUGGAUCAGCGUGGCCGUGUGGUGUAUUGGAGACGCGUUUGCACUGAGAACUUAUGGGGCGUCAGCCUUUCAGUAUAGAACAACCCCAGUUCACAUUCAUCUAUUGUACAGGCUCAUGCAUGUACACCCACGUGGACAGAUAUGUGUGGAUUCACUUACCCCCCCUCCACCACCACCACCACAAUGGGUUUGAAAGAAGGCAGCUCCCUGAUUCUCAACUCCCAGGGGUGUCCUCUGCCAGACAGCCCCCCCCCACCCCCACCCCACACACACCUUUGCAGUGACAGCAGAGCAGCUUGCCUCAUGGCCUUGCUGCCAUGUUGAUGCCGGCUCUGGAACAGAGGACCAGGUCUCUCGGACACUUGCUCUGUUCGGUCUAUUUUCCAGGGUGUGCGUGGAUUCCCAGGGGCAAAUGUAGUGCAGCUUGACGAUGGGGAUGUAGGGAGGAAUGCAGGUGUGGGAUCAGUGUGUAGUAACACCUUGCUGGGCUGCAAACUGCAGGCAUCUCUUUUGUUUGUUCCCAGAGCUGUUCCUUACUCAAAACACUCUGAUGAUGUGUUUGCACCAAACAGGCACCCACUGCUUCCCUGGCUGCCGAGUGAAUCUCCAUGCUUGCUCAGUCCUGCCAGCAAAGGGGGGAUACCAUACCGCCCUCCUUCCUUGGGAAUUUAACUGAGGAGAUCAUCUGAGGCCAGUCCUCUCUGAGCGCGACAGAGUGCAAAUUGCUGGUCCUCCACUUCUGCUUCCUUUUACUGCUGACCUUCCUGUGGCAUGCGUGAGAGAGAGUGUGCACCCGCGUGUGCCACGGAAGGGGGCUGGCCAGGAAGAAAGGGGGUAAACAGCUUUAAAAGCAUUUUUAACGUGUGGUGCAUUUACAUUUACACAACGCGUCUUACAUUUCUCCCCACAGGUUUCUCUUGGUGCAGCGUGUGUAGGCGACGGCCCUGCUGUGAAUUUUGAAAAUAGUUAUUUUUGUCUCUGGAAAAUGAGGACUGUUAGGGCUUGUCAGCUUUUGGAUGAGCAGGGCGGGCCUUUUUUUUUGCAAAAUAACAUUCAUUUUACAUCUGUCCCUGAAGGACGUGACAACUGACAGCAUUUUCACUGGGUACCUUGCGGAGUGCUUUCCCGUUGGCUCCGUAUGUGUGUGCGAGGAAAGAGACAGAGACAAGGCUGGGGACGGGAGAGGAAUACAAUGACAUCUGUGUUUUUCUAUUAUUAUUUAGAUUAUUUGGAGGAUUGUGAUUUUAUAUAGAAAGAGGGGAAAAAAAACCCCAACAACAAGAGGAAGAGAAAUGGGAGGCCGUGUUACCCUAGAGAUGGGCAAAAAUGGGAGCUUUCGCAUUACCCACCAGCAGGACAUGGAUCAAUCUACCUGUCUAUACAGUACCCAUCACUGCACUAUGGUCCUGAUCCUGCAAGUUGUUCCGUGUGGACACCCUCCCCUUCCCCCCCGACCCCGGAGUUCAGUGGGGAUCAGCAUGGGCUCCAGGGCCUGGCCAGGUGGAACAGUUUGCAGGAUUAGAGUACAUCUGAGCACUGUGCAGAGUCUCCUAUCAAACUCACAGAUAGGGAUGGUUGUUUCUCUCUCCUCAUCCCCUGGUUGAAAUCUGGGUCCUGUUGAGCUGCACUCUGCUCCAUUUGGGAUGGAAGUAUUCUGACCCUGGGAAUGGUUCCGGUUUUGGGGCAUCUCUGUGUCAAACGGUGGUGGACAAAACUAGCAUCAGAAUUGGUUUUCCAACACCAAAGGCCGCAGGGGCCGUGGUGGCUGAGAUUGAAGUUCAGUUUAUUCAGCUCUGCCAUCACCCCACCCAGUGCAGGGCCAGGGGCAGAUCAAUAGUUCUAGCUUGGACCCAUCUCCCUGGUACAUUGGCAGGGUUAUGACCAGUUACAAAGCAGACACAGAGAGCCACUUACCAUAACAGACCUAAAAUCACCUACCAGCUCAGAUGACCCAGGGGAGAGACUAUGUGUUCUAACAAGCCACUUAUAACUAGCAUCACAGCAAUAGAGUGGAGCAUUCCAUCCCCUUAUGCAUUAUGCUUUGUUUAAUGAAUAAGUAAGUGAGAUUUCACUUAUGGGCCCCAUUUAGCAGAGCACUUCAGCAGGUGCUUAACUUUAAGCAUGCGCUUAAAGUGUGUCCAUAUCCAGCCAAACACAUAAUCACACACGUAAAUGCUUUGCUGAAUAAGGACAGAUUUAAGUACAUGCUUAAAGUUCAAUAUAUUUUAAACCCUUUGCUGAAUCAGGGCCUUUGGGAAGAAUCCAUACAGAGCAAGAGAAAAGGUGAAAAAGAGCUAAAAUAAAGAUCAGACUUGGAAUCAAAGCAAAGGGGGAUGCUAUGCAAAAACAAAUCAUUAUUGAUCAUUUGAGAAAACAGCUUUAAUGGGAAGUUGGACGUGGGCAACUGUUAUAACCAAAUUCAUGAUUGGGGGUGUGUGGUGUGACAAGAGUUGGUCAUAAAAUCUCUGAAAAUUUUUAACCAAAUUUCGCCAUUUUUUCAAAAAUGGAAAAUCCAUUUUGAUUUUUUUCAAUUUUUUCCAUGUUUUGAUGAUUUUCUUUGUUUUGUUUCUUUGUUUUAAAUUUUUUUCCCUUUCUUUUCUGUUGCCAAUUGGAGCGAUCAGUCUAAUGCAAAGCUUUUGGAAAUGAUUCUGAAACAGAAAACUCAUUUUAGACAAUUUUCAAUUUUUGAAAGGAAAAAAAAAGGUCGAACCAAAAAGUCUCUAAAAGCAGAAAAUGAGUUUGUUUCACAACCCAAUGAAAUGAAUGAAACUUUACUGGAAAAUUUUUAAAGCAUUGUAACUUUUUUUGUAAUGGUUGGUUAGCUCUAGUGGUGACUUCACAAUGAUUGCAUGUGCCAUCUUUGAGCAUGCUUAAUUCCAUGAGACCAAAUCUGAGCGUCAUGAGAGAAAGGGACAACUGAUUCUGGGAAUGGGAACAUUGGUUCCUGGUGACAGCAGCUGGUGCAAGCUACAUCUUAUUUUCUAUGUGUUUCUCAAUUUUGAGCCAGUGACCACUUUGUCCUGCCUUCUCAGCUAAUCCUCUGUCACUCCCAGAGAUGCACUGUUGUCCCAUCCCUGUACUGAGACACGCUGGCUCAGUUUCCUUGCUCCGUGCUCUGCUUCCAGGUGUGAUGAGAAAGGACAGUGCAAACUGCUGGAGGAUAGCUCAGCGGAAACAAAACAACCUGCAAAAAACACUGGAAGAAAGGAGGGGUCUCAACCUGCAAAGAUAGGCCCCAAGGAGUGCUUGUCACACUCCAUCUCCUCCCCUGUCUGGCUCUAGCUCUAAGAAAGUCUGUGGGUGAGAUUUAGCUAAGCCCACGGCCGUUCUACUUCUGCCUUGGCAAUAGUGGCCAUGAGGAGCUGCCCACACACCGAGGAGAUCUAUUUGCACAGAUAUGCUAAGAUCACUCUCUUGUAAAGUUGCAGAAGCCAAAGUAUAUUUAAAACAUCAAGCCCUAGGAGCCGAGCGACAGCCAGGUUCCCAUGGAGGAAGCCGGUCAGUGAGCAGCGUCUCGGCAGGCACAAGCUUUGGCACAGGAGGACUGGAGUGCUGGGAAGGGAGAGCCCAGCAUUACGGCAUCUGCCUCUCCUUGGCCAAGUCUCCCUCUCUCUCUCGCUGACGUUCCUGCUGAGACCCAGGCCAGCAGCCCUCCUUUUUGGCCUGCCUGUUCUCUCCGUCGCUGAAGCAGGGAUCUGGAAGCCUGCAAAGAUGAGACUUGGGAGACAGCUGUCUCUAAGCGCUGCUCCUUUCUCCCCCUCUUCUGCCCCCGUGCUGUUACUCCAUAAAGGCUGCUUGGUUGGGAAAUUGCUAGGAGGUUAGAGAGGAGUUUGCAAAAUACAGGGUUUCAAAGCAAAAUGGGCCUGUUUGUUCCACAUGACAAUUACCUCCAGCAUUACCCAGGAUGCAGUGCAGCAGCCAAGUCACCUAUUUGUCCUUAGCAUUAGUGUUGGUGAUGCUGUCGCCGUUGUUUGCCACGUCUGGAAUUGCCAGUGUUGCUAGCACCCUUUGUCUCCAGCUGGGCCCAGCCCCCUACCCGGCCUGUCUCUUACUCGUUCUCCAUUUUGUUCUAUGAUGCCAUCAGUUGAUUAAUAAACUAU